GGGCACAGUUUAGUGCUCUACGCUACAAUACACUGUACGUGUACAUAGAGGCCUACAUGCUAUUGCACACAGAUAAUACAGCAGUGUGCAAGACUCGUCCAUUCACAACAGUGUACAGAUACUAGCAGAGAGCACACAAUACCAUGCAUUGUUACUGUGGGCAUGUACAUGGACUCCUCCCACUGUAAGAAAAGUCAAUGGAUAAAAGAUUUAAUCCCGACAUCAAUUGGUCAAUAGUCGAUUGUUAGUGGAUGGAACUCGGCAGCAGUUUGAUUCACGAUUGCGGCACUGAUUUUUGAACGAGAAAGAGUCUGUGUCAUGAAGUAUUCCUUUGCAUACCUGGCCUUAGUGGGCGUGGCCUUGCUGACAUGCGCAGUCGCUCAGAAUGCUGAUGAUUAUGCUCGUUUGAGAAAAUCCCUGUUUAGAGAUUACGACAAAGAACUUCUGCCUAGAUUUGACGGGGUGAACCGUGUGGAUAUGGCGAUGACAUUAAUCAAACUGCGUGGACUGGAUAUUUUCAAGGGAACCAUCGAUGUGAAUGCCUGGCUGGUUAUGAAUUGGAUUGAUCCGAGAUUAUCAUGGAAUCCCGCAGAUUUUGGAAACAUCCACGAGAUUCGUGUUCGACCAUCUGAGAUAUGGGUACCUGAUAUAACUCUUUACAACAGCGACUCACCGCUUCAUGACUUAGUGACAGAAGCUUUGGUCGUCGUAGUCUCUUUUGGCGGGAUAUACAACUAUCCUCCCUUGCAGCUGGAAUCGACGUGUACGAUGGAUUUGAAAGAUUACCCCUACGAUCAACAUGAAUGCAGUAUGAAGUUCGGAUCAUGGUCCUAUUCAAACACUACAAUAACCGUUCAUCCUAUAUUCGACACCAUCGACUUGACAGAGACUACUCCGGAUGACCAUCCGAUCUGGGAGAUCGUCGACUCAAAGGUCACGCGUGAGGCGUUUACCUACCAAUGCUGCCCUGCCUCUUACGACAGUGUUACGUUCUCCGUAUUGGUACGUCGACGAGAGACCCACGGCCGAAUCGCAUCUUCUGUCAUAACGACAUGGCUCAUUCUCGUCGUCUUCUUGAUCGGGCCGUCGUCGGCUGGGAAACGGAUCAUAUUCGCAGGGCUCAUCUUUGUCGCUUUGGUGGUGCUCUCUGCAGCUGUUAGUGCCGAGGUUCCCGCCUUUUCGACGACCAGGCUUGGUCGGUUCAUCAUCGGCGGAAUGCUCAUCGUCGCUGUCGUCAGUAUUUACAAUGGCCUCGUCUACCGCUGCUACCCCAGGGAAAAGCCAGGGCAGCUUAUUGAAGGAGACAGCUCAACUCGAUCGCGGACCAUCGUCAUCGUCGAUGUCGCGGCUUGCGUUUGUACUGCCGUCAUCCUCGGCAUUUCGACAGGCGCACUUUUUGUCUAAAAGCAAUCCAGUGUAAUUUUCGGUCAUGAUUAUGAUAAAAAUGUUAAAUUCUAUUAAGCCUAUAGCAAUGUUGAAGUCACUGACGUAUUUUUUUAUUAUUUGUAUUUGGGUUAUAAUAGGUGGUAGGGUAACAAAAUUUUAUUUUAGACAGUCAAAGAGUUUUCAUUACACACAAAAAACAACAUUGCCAAUCGCUCUUUGAAGUUUGAUGUCACUGAAAAGUGGCUAGUAUUACACCUCUUACGAUAUGAUAAGUUUUGUUUGCUAUUCUCGUAUAUGGUAUCCUUUGUCCAUAUUUCGACAUUCAUUUUCAAAGGCCAGAAUGAUAGAAUGAUAUGAAUAGCAAUUGUAAUUAUAAUUACAUCGAGGGGUUUACUUUGGUAUAAUUAUUUUCAAGGAACUUUCCCGCAUGUUAACUAAUAAUUAAUUUCUUUAACCUUUUUCACUUUUUGUAGCCAAUUUGAAAUAGAAUUUCAUACAAUAUGAAUUGAAAUCCAGUUGACAUUGUAGUUUUUCGUUCUUUUGGGAAAUUUCAAAAUUUAUUGACAUCUUUUCUGUUCUAUGAUGACCAGGGGGUGUAACACAGUUCAUUGCACAUGGUUCUGCUGACUCGAUGAUGAAAGUGACUCCAAGCAUAGUCGGGGUUAGGCGCGGCCUUUCUCGUUCUCUCCCCCACCCCUCCAUCUCUCUUUCCUCCUUUUGUAUUCUGUCAUUCCUAAUUCUAACACUCACUUUUUCUUACUUGUUUUCCUUUUCCAUCUGUCACUAUCUACCGCUUUCACCUGCAUUUGCGAUCUUUCCAUUAUUAAAAUGCCGAGUCUACGGAACCCUGUUCACCUGUGUAUGUGAUCAUGUGCGUAGAAUAUUUAGUGGGUGUUUGUGUAUUUCCUUAUAUAUUCCUUAUAAUCAUGAUGAUACCAUUAUUAUUCAGUCUCUGCAUACGACUUUAGUUGACUACAAUGCUGUAUUAUUUAUGUUCUAUUUACAACAUGGCUUAUUGAGUAUAUUUCAAUGACUAUUCAAAAUCACUAAUGUUCCCCCCUUUUUUUUCGUUCGCUCGGCAUACGAAGACUUUGGUGGAAUGUCAUUGUUACUUGUGCCUUUAUGUGACUCUUCUAUUUCGUUUUGUCUUGUGUAAUUGUCUUUUUACAUAAACCUCUGUGUCCGUCUUCGUAGGCAAUUCUACAAUAAUGAUUAUUUGGAGGGGUGCACACAUUCUAGAAGCAUUUGCUUCUUAGUGGAUCCCUCUAUUUUCUCAGAUCUUUAUGUUUAUGAAUACAUUGUUUUACUUAUGGGAAAUAUAUCAUGUAUGUAUCUACCUCAAUUUAUAUUUUAGUAUAAGUUUCAUUUGCAAUGGUCUUCUAAUUAUAUACGACCAUUUUGCUUUUUUUCCAUAGAAAAUGAAAUAAAACAAAUUGAAAAAAAAGAAAAGAUCAAUCGCUUAAUAAUUUGUGUUUAACACGCAUUUGUCUCAAAAUACCGUAGAAGCUAAAAGUUACUGUUCAUUGAUGAAUAAAGUAUCAUUUUUUGCAUUUAUAUCACUUUCUAAUAUCAUUAAUACCAACAAACUAGAGGGACGAAAGAUAAUUAUCAUGCCCAUGAUCUAAAUUGCUUUAUUU